UGGGAAUCGGAGCCGUGGCAACAGCAGCUGCUGCCAUUGCUGCAAAUGUUUCCUUGAGUGCCAGACUAUACUCAGAGCCCAUCCCUGACGUACACCAAGGGAGGGGCGAGGACCCUCACAGAGGCAGGAAGGCCACUCUUAUCACAGCCACUUGGCUCUCCCACAAGGAACAGCUCCAAGGCACUUGCUCCAUUUGGGGUGUGCCUGCACCUAGCUGAUUGCAAAUUGGGCCACAGAGGAUCUGGAAAGGAUGGAGAAAUGGGCUAGCUUAGACUCGGAGGAAUCUGAGCCCCCACCCCAAGAGAACUCCUGCCUGGAUCCUCCAGACAGAGACCCUAACUCCAAGCCACCUCCAGCCAAGCCCCACAUCUUCACUACCAGGAGUCGCACCCGGCUUUUCGGGAAGGGUGAUUCAGAGGAGGCCUCUCCCAUGGACUGCCCUUAUGAGGAAGACAGGCUGGCCUCCUGCCCUAUCAUCACUGUCAGCUCUGUUCUCACUAUCCAGAGGUCUGGGGAUGGACCUGCCUGUGUCAGGCAGUCGUCCCAGGACUCUGUCUCCACUGGCGUUGAGAAGCCCCCAAGGCUCUAUGAUCGCAGAAGCAUCUUCGACGCUGUGGCUCAGAGUAACUGCCAGGAGCUGGAGAGCCUACUGUCCUUCCUGCAGAAGAGCAAGAAGCGCCUGACUGACAACGAGUUCAAAGACCCUGAGACAGGAAAGACCUGUCUGCUAAAAGCCAUGCUCAACCUGCACAAUGGGCAGAAUGACACCAUAGCUCUGCUCCUGGACAUCGCCCGCAAGACAGACAGCCUGAAGCAGUUUGUCAAUGCCAGCUACACAGACAGCUACUACAAGGGCCAGACAGCACUGCACAUUGCCAUUGAAAGGCGGAACAUGGCACUGGUGACCCUCUUGGUGGAGAAUGGAGCAGAUGUCCAGGCUGCCGCUAACGGGGACUUCUUCAAGAAAACCAAAGGGAGGCCUGGCUUCUACUUUGGUGAGCUGCCCCUGUCUCUGGCUGCGUGCACCAACCAACUGGCCAUUGUGAAGUUCUUGCUGCAGAACUCCUGGCAGCCAGCAGACAUCAGUGCCCGGGAUUCGGUGGGCAACACGGUGCUGCAUGCCCUGGUGGAGGUGGCAGAUAACACAGUCGACAACACCAAGUUCGUGACAAACAUGUACAACGAGAUCCUGAUCCUGGGGGCCAAACUCCAUCCCACACUGAAGCUAGAAGAACUCACCAACAAGAAGGGGCUUACACCACUGGCUCUGGCUGCUAGCAGUGGGAAGAUCGGGGUCUUGGCCUAUAUUCUCCAAAGAGAGAUCCAUGAACCAGAGUGCCGGCACCUGUCCAGGAAGUUCACUGAAUGGGCCUAUGGGCCCGUGCACUCCUCCCUUUAUGACCUGUCAUGCAUUGACACCUGUGAGAAGAACUCAGUUCUGGAGGUGAUCGCCUACAGCAGCAGUGAGACCCCUAACCGCCAUGACAUGCUUCUCGUGGAGCCCUUGAACAGACUCCUACAGGACAAGUGGGACAGAUUUGUCAAGCGCAUCUUCUACUUCAACUUCUUCGUCUACUGCUUGUAUAUGAUCAUCUUCACCACAGCUGCCUACUAUCGGCCCGUGGAAGGCUUGCCUCCCUAUAAGCUGAAUAACACCACUGGGGACUAUUUCCGAGUCACUGGAGAGAUCCUGUCUGUGUCAGGAGGAGUCUACUUCUUCUUCCGAGGGAUUCAAUAUUUCCUGCAGAGGCGACCAUCCCUCAAGAGUUUGUUUGUGGACAGCUACAGUGAGAUACUUUUCUUUGUACAGUCGCUGUUCAUGCUGGUAUCUGUGGUACUGUACUUCAGUCAAUGCAAGGAGUAUGUGGCUUCAAUGGUGUUCUCCCUGGCCUUGGGCUGGACUAACAUGCUCUACUAUACCCGGGGCUUCCAGCAGAUGGGCAUCUAUGCUGUCAUGAUCGAGAAGAUGAUCCUCAGAGACCUGUGUCGGUUUAUGUUCGUCUACCUCGUGUUCUUGUUUGGAUUUUCCACAGCCGUAGUGACACUGAUUGAGGAUGGGAAGAAUAACUCACUGUCUGUGGAGUCCCCACCACACAAGUGCCGGGGACCUUCCAGCAGGUCAGGAAACUCUUACAACAGCCUGUAUUCCACAUGUCUGGAGCUGUUCAAGUUCACCAUCGGCAUGGGCGACCUGGAGUUCACUGAGAACUAUGACUUCAAGGCUGUCUUCAUCAUCUUGUUACUGGCCUAUGUGAUUCUCACCUACAUCCUCCUGCUCAACAUGCUCAUUGCCCUCAUGGGCGAGACUGUCAACAAGAUUGCACAAGAGAGCAAGAACAUCUGGAAGCUGCAGCGAGCCAUCACCAUCCUGGAUACAGAGAAGAGCUUUCUGAAGUGCAUGAGGAAGGCCUUCCGCUCUGGCAAGCUGCUGCAGGUGGGGUUCACACCUGACGGCAAGGAUGACUACCGGUGGUGUUUCAGGGUGGAUGAAGUGAACUGGACUACCUGGAACACCAAUGUGGGUAUCAUCAACGAGGACCCAGGCAACUGCGAGGGCGUCAAGCGCACCCUGAGCUUCUCUCUGCGGUCAGGCCGAGUUUCAGGGAGAAACUGGAAGAACUUCACCCUGGUUCCCCUUCUGAGGGAUGCAAGCACUCGAGAUAGGCAUACCAUCCAGCCAGAAGAAGUUCAACUGAAGCAUUAUACAGGAUCCCUUAAGCCAGAGGAUGCUGAGGUCUUCAAGGAUUCCAUGGCCCCAGGGGAGAAAUGAGGGACACCAUGCAGGAGUCAAUGCUGGGUCUUUGAUGUCCCAUUGCUCCUGUGUGGAAAGGAUAUGUUCAUGAACAUCAGAGCAGAGUCAAUGUUGCCUGGGUCCACCCUGUGCCUGCCUCAGCAUGUUCCUAGGACUUUACGGGGCCUGUUGUGGAAGGUGGCAGGUGUGUGGGAAGCAAGAUGUAUAUUCAACCACAAUCUUCAAACAUUCGGCUUUCAACUCCUUAUGGACCUUAUUAAACAGAGUGGACAGCAAAUCUCUACUUGGACACAUGUUAGACCCUGGUUUUAUUUGACUUUUGGAUGGCUGAGACUAUGAGCAAAUGGAGCCCAGGAAAAGAAUCUUUAACUACUUGCCUUGAUAUGAAAUGCUGGAUCAUUUCUCCCCCACACUCUGUUGACUACCUUGCUUGCCCUGAGAGGUUUUGGAGGGUUUUGUCAUUCGAUGAGGUACACUGAGGUACCCCAGCCUCACUCUCAGUUCCUUCAGAAUCUGGUUGCUCCAGAUGUGACUUUCCUCUUCCAUGUAAAAUAUCUGUUCUCACAAAAUGGUAGCUUUAUUGCUCUUUAAGUAAAAAUACAGAGCCACACCCCAAGGACAUGGCAGUAAGUUUUAUAGUAUCUGUUAUAUUCUUUCAAUGAUCUUUCAUUUGUUGUAAUCACAAUCCUGCCCCACUCUGUGCAGUGCUAAAUGCGCCUAUCGCUGUUAGUCUUGUAAAUCAUAAAAUAAACUAUGUAUGUGUCUGCAAA